AGGUCCACGGAGGACGGGGCUGUAGGCUGUGCCAAGAACCAAAGUGAAGAGCUCUAGGAAGGACAGUGGUGACCUACAGAAUACAGUUAUUACCCUCCUGUCACACCCAGGCACAGUGACAGAUGUCACAGCUGCCGACUGUCACCUCUUGGGACCAGAGAGAUGGUCGUGUUCUGAGGCAGGACCGCCUUGCUGUGAGGAUCUUCACCAGGUCAGAGGAGGAGACCCGUCCUGUCAGCAAAGGCAGCAGGUGAGAUCUGCUGGGAAUCAAGGAAUGAUUUUUCCAGAGUAUGGCUUCUGAGUACUGGAGUGGCUGAAUUGCUGCUGCUCAUCACAUCAUCAUUUUCCAGCACUGAAUGUAUGAAGGCAUCAGAAUCCUCAUCACCAAGUUCUUACUGUCCCCAAGAACAUCUUCAUAGUCAGAGGACACAGUGAAGCAAGCCACGAGGAGGCUGUCCUGACCAAAGGGGAGCGCAUUGCCUUGUAGAGGUGUAGGUUCUCAAACCUUAAGUGGAGCAAGUAGUAGCCACAGCUUCCUCUGCCUCUUCUUACUCAUACUCAAAUCCUGAUUAAAGAAGUGAAGUGCUUCGGGCUGUGACACGAAGUUGUCUCCAGAAUACUCAGGACUGUCUGUUCUCUGCCACCACUAUGGACUUCAGUCAAAGCAGCCAAUCCAGCCAGAGCUUCAGCAGUGAAGAAGAGGAGGAUCCAUGCACUUCACAGCAUAUGCUAGUCCCUCAGAUUCUGCGACGUGUGUUCAUAGAUGACAAGACAGCUAAAUUGGUGGAGUUUUUGCUCCUGAAGUAUCAAAAGAAAGAGCUAGUCACCAAGGCAGAAAUGUUGCACAUUGUGGACCACAAUUAUCAUGAGCAUUUCCCUCUGAUCUUCAAAAGAGUCUGUGAGUGCAUGUGUUUUGGCUUUGGCAUUGAUGUGAGGCAAGGGAAUUCCCCUAGCCACACAUAUGACCUUGUCCCUGUCUUGGGCCUCACUUAUAAAGGGAUAAUAGGUGGUGACCAGAUUAUUCCCAAAAUCGAUCUCCUGAUAGUGAUCUUGACUGUCAUCUUUGUAAAGGGCAACUGUGUCAGUGAGGAAGACAUAGGGAAAGUCCUGAGAAUGAGGACAAUGUUACCAAAAAGGAAGAACUUUCUUAAUGAGGUCCGGUGGAAAUUUGUCACUGAGGAUUUGGUACAGGAACAGUACCUGGAAUAUCGGCAGGUGCCCAAUAGUGAUCCUGCUCGCUAUGAGUUUCUGUGGGGUCCAAGGGCCAAGGCUGAAACUAGCAAGAUGAAAGUUCUGGAGCAUUUGGCCAAGGUUAAUAAGAUCCAUCCCAGGUCCUGCCCAAUUCUGUUUGAACAGGCCUUGAGAGAGGAGCUAAAGGCUUCCGUAAAUUAGUUAAGUGCCAUUGAGGAGGCACUGUGAUGUGAAUGGUAGGGACAAGGAGUGUUCCACAGCAACAUCACUAGCUUAGCUCUGACCUUAUGUGGGAUGAGGCCAAUUCUCCAUUUGUAUUUGUGGAGAGCAGUAAGUCUUCUAAGUAGUGCAGAGCCAGAAGAAGAUGGGGGAAAUAUCAUACAUAGCAUCUUGAUGUCUGUUCUAUUUGAGUUCUUUGUAAAAGCACGUGUUUUCUU